AUGUAUGAACAUGUCUCGAUCAGUCAAAAUCAGCUGUGUUAGGGUUUGAGGUUAUGUUAUAUAAUAUUUUGAGUUUAUUGAAUUGAAAACUGUUGCUGAAAAAUGUCCGAUACAGGCUUUCUGGGGUUCGUCCAUCACAUAUUCGAUCGAGAUAAACCUCAGCAAACUCACACCAUAGAUACUAAUAUAACCCAAGAAAUCAAACAAGUAACUGGAUGGAAAGCAAUAAAGCAAAUGUUCGAGACAGACGAAUUUGGAACCGUUUCUCCUGAGGCCAACUCGAUUCUUCAGUCCGGCUGCAUGGGCAUAGUGGUUGGAGCGAUUUAUGGGGGGAUUGUUCAAGGGAAAAGUGGCUAUGAAGAGUUUAUGAGGAACAACGAGGUUACAAAGUUCAGGACUCCUUUCGAAGCCCAAUCAAAGCUGCAAGAGAAAGUAACUAUCGGUUUCGGAAAAGGGGCCUUGAGAUGGAGUGCGAAAAUAGGCUUGUUCACCACCCUAGUCAUAAGCACUUCAACAAUGAUUCAAGUAUAUACAGGCACAUAUGGAAUUAAGGAGUAUGCAAUCGCAGGGGCUGUUGCUGGUAGUAUGUAUAAAUUCUUCUUGGGUCCCAGAGCCUGGCUAGCAGGAGGCGCCGUAGGAGGAGCACUGGGUUUCCUAGGUGGGUCUUGCACUUAUGGCAUCUUGCAAUUAACCGGUCAAUCGUUGGACGACACUAAGUAUUGGCAGCAGCGAUUUACCCAGCGGCGUGAAGAAAUUAUAAGAGAGGGAUUGAAAGAAGCGCACGAAGAGGAUGAAUUUGCCAUUGUUAAGUUGCACGACGUUGAGGUGGGAAAAUCCGGAGAAAGUCUUGAUAAUUUAGAGAAGCCCAAAACAGGGCACUUGCACAUUUCUCUUAAAGAGGAAAAAUAGGGCUACGUUUAAGAGUUAGUGUUCGUUAUCCUAUACAAAUAAAUUGAUACAAUCCAACAAAA